AUGGCUAGCUCAACAUCGCGUACAGACAAGGACGGAAAACUCAAAACACUUCGACACCAACUUCGCUCAACUCGCGAGGAACUUCAAUCAGUCAAGAAAGAACUCAAGAAAUUAAAGAAAUCACUCCCUACUCUACCAGCUCCAGAAACUCUCUACGACAAGAUUGUUCUUUUUACACGUGACGUUAUUUUUUGUACUCAUAUACUUGAUGAUCUUCAAAAGGAAGCAUCCUCUGUCAGUAGUUCCCUCGACAGUCCCAUGGUCCGCGAAAAAACGGCGCAAAUUUUAGAAGCGAAAGUCGAAAAUUGCGAGAUGCAACUCCUUUUGCUGCGUCGUACCCUGCGAUUCCUUUACGCGAUUCCACCAUUACUCGUCGCAACAAAUAAGAUUUCGGAAGAAGCAUGGACAGCAAUGCUGACGCAGCCACAAAGCUGUCACCGCGAUGGCAACGAAUACCUACUCCCAAUGGAGCCCGAUGUCGUCGACAACAUCAUCGAUGAUCACCUGAAGGUAAUCAGAGACCUGCUGACCUCUCUCCGCACUCUACGCUCGAACAUCUUUGCUGAGGAGCGCACAGAAGAAAAGAACUUCAACGAAAUGGUACUGAGAACCCUGCAAUCGAUCCAAGGCAGAGUCGAACAAAUCCAAAAUGCUGUUCGAGAAUUGUCCCUCCAGAAUCAACUCCGUUUCCGUGGGCAGGAUGAUGCGCUCCGGCAUCAAGAGCGCGAACUAAUCGACGCCAAUGCAGAAUAUAUGGAAGAAGUCGAGGUGGGGGAAGGCGAGUCGGUUGAGGAGCUCAGAGAAAUGCGUGAACAGAUAGAAAUAGCAAUCUUCAAUCUGGAAAACCGAAUCCAUCUGAAAGAACGCGAGAAACCGUGCGAACCCCGAUCGUUCCAAGGGCUGAUUUUCCGCCACGAAGAGAAGAAAAUGCGGUGUGCGUUCUGCGAAGCACGCGGAGAACAUUAUAGCGAUUCUUGUCCUGCCGUAAGAGAUGGUGAGAGUCGCCGAGCCGCAGCAAACAGGAGCAACCGAUGCUAUCUUUGUCUCGACUGGUGGUGUGCGCGGGGAGUAUUAUGUUCAAAAUACGGUAAUCGGUGUUUCCAUUGCGGAAAAUCAGAUCAUCAUUCCGCAUUAUGCUGUGCGCCCGACCUAGCCCGUGAGAUGGAAAUCGAAAUCGAUGGUCUAAAGGAAGAACUUCUGGAAAUGCAAAGGCAACGCAACGAACUUCAGAUAAAAAUCGACCAGCUCAUCCAGGGUCACUAA